UUGAACUCACUAACCUCGACUUUAUAUUCACCAAUACCAAUACAAUUCAGAAUGCUCAAGUAAGAACUUCUUCAACUUCUUCAGAUAAUCGCUUAAACAUUGAUUUAAUUGCUGAAGAUGUUGAAUCUACUACUCUACGAGCACUAAAAAGGCCUCGUGUAAUUACAUCAAGUUCUUCUAAACAAGGGACUAGCUCAUCUUCUGUUACCAAUAACUCUGCUACACCAUUUCCGAUUCGAUAA